AAAACCGGUCAUUGGGUAUACGAUGUGCAGAAGCGCACCAACCAAUGUUGUGGCAACUCUCGCACCUUCAGGGCAACAUGCGUCACAUCAUCUGCUCCAUUCUAGCAGCUGCCCAUGUGGCACAGGGCACACCACUGUCAGCCCUACAGCACCACAGCCCUGAAGCGCGGCAAGAUCCAGCGACCAACUUCACAGAUUACCUCUACACCUAUGUCCCCUCCCCCCUCUCCCCCAUGUAGCUAGCCAGAAAUGCUAACAGCACCCAGUUCACCGGCGAACGCCUCCCAGACGGCGAACAAGUCUACAUGGCCGUCAGCAACAACAACGACCCAACCACCUGGACCACCCUCAACAAAGGUGACCCUGUCCUAACCACCUCCUUCGGCAUGGGCGGCAUCCGCGACCCAUCCCUCAUCAUCGCGCCCGACCGGUCAAAAUUUUGGCUCCUCGCCACAGACCUCAAAGUCUGGGGCCGCGGCUGGAACAAUGGGACUUGCUACACCUGCAACGGAUCGAAGUCUAUCCACGUCUGGGAAUCGAACGAUCUCGCGAGAUGGACCGGGCCGAUGUUCACGACGGUGGCUCCCCCUGAAGCAGCGAUGGCUUGGGCUCCGGACGCGAUUUGGGAUCCGGUCAAGAAAAAGUUCUUGGUUUAUUUCACGAGCAAGUUGGAUGGUCAGCUUGUGCUUAUGAAGACGCACACGGAGGAUUUCAAGACGUUUACACGGGCGGAGGAGUUUAACCGGUUGGGGAUGGAUGCUACUAUUGCUUUGGAAGGGGAGACGGGGAAGUACUACUGGUUUAGUAAGCAUGGGCCUGAUGAGUUGAUUCAGCAGAAUGUGGCGGACAGUCCGGAGGGGCCGUGGAAGACGGUUAGCGAAAGGAUCGGUGCUGAUGGAGGCAUGCCGGCCGGGGAGGGACCAUUGGUGUUUAGGGAUAACAGGGAUCCGAAGAAGUGGCAUCUGUGGAUCGACGACUACAUGCGUGGUGACGGCGGCUACGUUCCAUUCACAACAAACGAUAUUUCCAAGGGCAAGUGGACGGUCGUCAAGAACGCAAAGCUGCCAAAGAAUCCCAGGCACGGAUACGUAACUCCUAUUACCGCGACUGAGCGAGCGAGACUUGUCGCUGCCUAUGGUGUAUAGGUAGCCUUCUAUAAACCCCCCAUUAGAAAUCAGUUACCACCCACCGUGGACCCCUUUCUUUCUUACAAUCCCAACAUUGCAACACAAACUCAACCCUCUACUGAUGAUCCCCAACCCAAGCAGGCAAGACCUAGAAAUUUAUCUUCUGAUCUUGCAAGAAUUCGCAAAACACCCUAUGCAUGGCAAUCCAAAUCAUCCACAUCCUCCGGCAUCAACCUAACCCCAUCAUCCGCAAGCCAGCUCCGCGCUUCUUCGCUAGCUUCACAGAGAACCACAACCGCGUCCUGCAUCCUUGUUCUCAGUUCCCGCCUUUCAUCCGACUGGAUCAAUUGGUUGGCUCGUCCUUCUACAUAUCGCAAGGCGUAGGCGAUUGGGUCGGCUGCUGUGAAGGAGUGCUUCUUGAGGACUGUGCGGGCGACUUCGGUGAUCAGGACUGGCGGUUCGUGGGAGGAGUUGAACUCAAAAUUAGCGUGGAGGUUUUUGACGAGGGUCAUUUUGCCUGUGCAUUGAGCGCCGACGAUGUAGAUGUUUGGUGGUUGGGACAUUGUUUGGUAGGGCGCAAUUCAACUGUAGGUAGUCGACUGUGCUUGAUGGACUUAUUCCAGGCUCUCGAUGCUGGAACGACGUGGAGAUAGAUGUGAGGUACUCGUCUUGAUGAUCUUUGAUGUAAGGGAUGGUCGAAAAUCGGCGCUUUGAGCCAGUCAGGUGAGAUAUGCACUGAGGCCUGCUGCAGGAGGUGCGGGCACGUAUCAACUGCGAGAUCCAGCUCCGACAGUUUAGCUG